GUGGGGUCCAUGUAACCGGGCAACUUUUACCUCUGAUGCAUAUCCCACUGCUACCGAGAAUAGCAAUGACGUGCAUUUGGAUUGCCGUCCGCCGUGCGAUUCAAUUAUCCAUUUAAGAACGUGGCCCUUCCCGCCUUGCCAUUUUUCUUGCUUCCUAUCUAUACGCGACUUUUAUACCAAACGCCCGACCAACACUUCAUCUGAGCAUCGAUCAAUUCAAGCAUACAUCGAAUUGCCUUAUACAUCAACGACCACCAUACCUUGACGCGACGCGUGCCUUGAUCAAAACUUUUACCAAGAAAAAACCCAUCAUCCCAAAGAACAUCAAGAUGCUCUUCUCUCCCAUCAUCAUCGCCGCCGUUGCUCUGCCCCUCUUGGCAGCCGCAUCACCAAUCGAGCUUGAACGACGCGCUGGAGGCCCUGCCAUCGUCCCUCUCGCAGCAAACUGCACCCUCAUGAACCCUCUGCCCCACGCUUCUCAACACCCCGGCAACGCCAGCAUCUCAGGCUACAAACCCUCCUCCUCUUUCUCAUCCUCAAAAAUCUUCUCUUGGUACAUUCCCCAACCCGACUUUAUCAGCCAAGAAGCCCGCUGGUCAAAUUGCAUCCAGCAAUGCAACGGCCUGAGUGGCUGUGUCUCAGCAUACAUGGCCUACAAUGCCCCUCUUCCUAAGGGCUGGCUGGGUCUUCCUGGUGGUGAGCUCGAGGUUGGCUGCUUCAUGUUCAACCGCACCUUGACACCGCUGGACUUCGAGGUCGCCCAGAGUGGACAGUAUGUCAAUGCUACUGCUGGAAACAUCUACUGCCCCAAGCCUGCUACCGCAACCGCAAAUUCGGGUGCGAAGUCAACUGCUACAAAGAAGACUUCCAAGACCCCUGUCAAGGUCGUUGCUUGAUUGGACUGUUCUCCGCAGCUUUCUUACACGACACACUCCGACCUCUUCCUCCUUUCUCUUCCUCUCUCCUCCUCGAUUGAGCGACUCGUCAUUCCUUUUCCUGGCAUUCUUUCUUCACAAGCAUCACUCAUACUCGUUUGCAUCUGGGUAAUCGGAUUGAAAGCAUGGCUGGAUAAUGGAAGGUGGGGCAAGGAAAAGGGACUUUUACGACAUCGGCAUGAACACCACAUGCAAUAAUGAUUAAUGGCUUAUCUCUUUCGUAUUCUUAUG